CGCGCCAUUUUCGUUGUUUCAUUAACGUUUGACUUGCAGUUUCGUUUUAUUGUUAUUUUCUAUUCACAAAUAUAUUUCAAUCAAUUUAUAUACAAAAUGGAAGGCUUUGACGAUCCUGGAGUAUUUUUUUCCGACAAUUUCGGAUUAGAUGAGCAUGAAUCUCAAGAUCAAAUUAACCUACAAGCCGUUAAAAAAAAGUUUAAAGAGUUCAUACGGCAAUUUCAUACUGGAAAUUUUAAUUAUAAAUACAGGGACGCUUUGAAACGUAAUUACAAUUUACAUCAAUAUUGGGUUGAAAUAAACAUUGAAGAUUUAUCUAGUUUUGAUGAGGUUUUAGCCGAGAAAUUGUAUAAAAAACCUACGGAGCACUUGCCGAUAUUGGAAGAAGCCGCAAAAGAGUUAGCUGAUGAGCUGACUGCACCAAGACCAGAAGGCGAAGAAAAAGUAGAAGAUAUACAAGUGUUAUUGCUAUCAGAUGCUCAUGCAUCAAAUUUAAGGGAACUGAAGUCUGAAACAGUGUCGAGACUAGUAAAAAUACCAGGAAUAGUAAUAUCAGCAUCGGCAAUAAAAGCUAAGGCAACUAAAAUAUCGAUUCAGUGCAGAUCUUGUCGGAAUGUAAUUCCUAAUCUGCCUGUUAAGCCAGGUCUAGAAGGCUAUGUAAUGCCUAGGAAGUGUAAUACAGAACAAGCUGGUAGACCAAAGUGUCCCUUGGACCCAUAUUUUAUAAUACCAGACAAGUGUAAAUGCAUAGACUAUCAGGUUUUAAAACUCCAAGAAGCACCAGAGAUGAUACCGCAGGGUGAGAUGCCACGUCACCUGACUGUGUACUGUGAAAGAAUGUUGUGUGAGAGAGUCGCUCCCGGUGCUCGUGUCACUGUACUAGGAAUCUAUUCUAUUAAAAAGAUUUCUAAAAUUGGGAAAGAAGGCCGUGAUAAAGGGUCCGUGGGUGUAAGGUCGUCGUACCUCAGGGCAGUAGGACUGUCAGCAGAGGAGGGGAUUACAGGUGGACUUCAACCUUUCACUGCAGAGGAGGAAGAUCAGUUUAGACGAUUAGCAGCAGCCCCUGAUGUGUAUGAAAGAAUAGCUAAAUCCAUAGCACCUAGUGUUUUUGGUGCCAAUGAUAUGAAGAAAGCUAUAGCUUGUUUGCUAUUUGGAGGCUCUCGCAAAAGGUUACCCGACGGGCUCACAAGAAGAGGCGACAUUAAUGUUUUGCUACUCGGAGAUCCCGGCACGGCCAAGUCACAGCUGCUAAAGUUUGUAGAGAAAGUGGCGCCAGUAGGAGUAUACACCUCAGGCAAAGGAUCGAGUGCGGCGGGUCUAACUGCGUCUGUCAUCAGGGAUCCAGGAAGCCGCAACUUCGUGAUGGAGGGCGGUGCCAUGGUACUAGCGGACGGCGGUGUGGUGUGUAUCGACGAGUUCGACAAGAUGCGUGAAGACGACCGCGUCGCCAUACACGAGGCUAUGGAACAGCAGACCAUCUCCAUCGCCAAGGCUGGUAUAACGACGACGCUAAACUCCCGCUGCUCCGUCCUGGCGGCGGCGAACUCCGUGUUCGGGCGGUGGGACGACACUAAAGCGGAGGACAACAUCGAUUUCAUGCCAACGAUCUUGUCAAGAUUUGACAUGAUAUUUAUUGUCAAAGAUGAACACGACCAGAACAGAGAUAUUACACUUGCAAAACAUAUAAUGUCGGUGCACAUGGGCGGCGGGGGCGCCGCUGAACGCGAAGCUGCGGCGGGUGAGCUGCCCCUGCCGCUGCUGCGGCGCUACGCCGCGUACUGCCGCGCGCGCUGCGGCCCGCGCCUGGCCGCCGGCGCCGCGGAGCGCCUCGCCGCGCGCUACGUGCUCAUGCGCUCCGGCGCCUCGCAGCAGGAACGUGCCACCGACAAGCGCCUCGCCAUACCUAUCACCGUCCGGCAACUUGAAGCCAUUAUUCGAAUAUCAGAAUCAUUGGCUAAGAUGCAGUUGCAGCCAUUCGCUUCAGAAGCCCACGUAACAGAAGCGUUACGCUUAUUCCAAGUCUCUACACUUGACGCAGCAAUGACCGGGAGCUUAGCAGGUGCUGAAGGUUUUACAACGGAGGAAGAUCAUGAAAUGCUUUCACGUAUAGAAAAACAAUUAAAGCGCAGGUUCGCAGUUGGAUCACAAGUGUCUGAACAAACUAUCAUCCAGGACUUUCUGCGACAGAAGUAUCCCGAAAGAGCCAUUGUCAAAGUAAUCCAUACAAUGAUCAGACGAGGAGAGUUACAACAUCGUCUGCAGAGAAAAAUGCUUUACAGACUUUCAUAAGCAACAUAUUACAUUUUUAGUGAUUUUUGUAUGUUUUUAAGGAUUAUUUGAUAAGAGAAUUAAACAAACAAUUGUA